CGUCUCCGCCAACAAGCAGAAUCCUAGUCUUAUUUUAUCGUGAAAAAUCUGUGUACAUCCACCUUCCCGGCACCCAACGCAACAGCAGACAUAUAAAUCAAGUAAUGGGGAACGAAAAAGAAGCAAGAGAGACGCUGUGAGGAUAUAAAUUAAAAAGAUAACUGAAGAAUUUGUGAUACCACGCUGUUAAGGCAGAGGAACUCAGUAUAAAUCACAUGCAUAGCACUGCCUCGUUCCCACAAGAAUCUUUCCGCGAUAACGGCUGCGAGUUCAUCUCUUCGUUUGGGAAAGUACCGUGCAUAAAUCAUCGAGGGACAGAGGAGAAGGGUUGAUCAAAGCAUUGCCACACGUACCACGGCAUGGCCCGGCCACUACCAGAGGUGCUGGGGAGCCCCGAAGUAGUGAACAGCCUGACACAGAAUCCAGCCAUUUUCAGGUUUCCCGAUGGGGCGCUGGCCACAGUGGCGGCCGUCCACUGGCGGCCACACAUUGUCGUGACUCCGGACUCCGAGGGCAAGCUGGUAGUGUCGGGGCCAAUGGGCAAUGUUCUCAGUGUUCUCGCUGAGACACUCAACUUCACGUACAACGUGGUGUCACCGGCGGAUCGAGCGUGGGGCGCCGAGCAGCCUGAUGGUAACUGGACAGGAAUGGUGGGCCAAGUGAGCCGCAAGGAAGUCGAUCUCGCCCUAGGGCCUUUUGGAAUAACUUAUAACAGAACAAAAUUUGUGGACUUUACUGAGUCUCUUUUCUUUGACGCUCGUGGUAUUUUGUCGAGGAAGGGCACCCCGGAAAUCGAUCCAUGGGGCUUCCUGUAUCCUCUGACGGGAUCGGUGUGGGCGGCGGUAGCGGCGGCCCUGGCAGUGGUGUGGCUGGUCAUGAUGAUGGUGGGUCGACGUCCAGGAGGAGUCGUAUCUGUGAGCUGGGCGGCAGAGGUGUUUCUGCAGAACGUGCGAGUCUUCUUUAACCAAGGUCUGACGGGUGUUGUGCUUGGCUAUGGCGGAGUGGUAAUGCUGUCGUCGUGGGUGGUGGUGGCGGCCGUGGUGUUCUGGAGCUACACUGGUACACUCACUUCCUUGCUGGCAGUGCGGCACAUCCCACAACCCAUUCAGACACUCAGGGACCUACUCGACGAUAGUGCUGUGUCUGUCAUAAUGCUUCCCAUGACUAUUGUCACAGACACUAUAUCGAGAAUGAAGUCCGGGGAGCUACGAGAGCUUCACGAGUUGAAGUUUGUGGGUCGUGUCAGGUACGAGCGAACGUCCGCCUUCCGUGAAAUGCUUGAAACAGUAGUUCGUCAUGAAGGUUACUCCAUCCUGGACACCAGCUUGACCCUCGAUCUCUUGAUUGCCGGCGACUUUCUUAAAACAAACAGAUGUGACUUCUACAAGGCACGGCAAACUUUCUUUACCACCACUCACUGCAUGAUAAGCCAAAAAGGCACCCCACUCCUGCAGGCCUUCAACCAUAGGGUACGCUCGAUGGUGGAGUCUGGUCUUUACAUGCACUGGCUGACAAACGCUAUUCCGGCUGUCACAACUUGCCGCUUCUCGCCUUCCAUCAUUCUGGUUCAGGAACCACUUUCUCUCGCCAAUCUCUGGGGUCUGUUCGCUGUGAUCGGUGCGGGCCAUCUACUGGCUGCCUUGGUCUUCUGCAUGGAGAUUUGUAUUUUGCUGAAGUAAAAAAAAAAAUAAUAAUAAUAAUAAUAAACUAUGGAAACGCC